AUGCCUUCACAGGAGCCUCAGAAGAAGACCACACAAGAUUCUAGUAACGAGGACCCACAGCAGAAGACGGCAUUAGCAGCAUCUCCCUCCGACAAACACCAGGAGGCCCCACGUGGACGCACCUCCAGGAGAAAGAGUGUUAUCGGAAGGAGGGCGAGCCGCAGAGUGUCUGAUGUGCAAUCUUUCUCUCCCCAACCACCACCGCCUCCUCCGCAACAGCCCAAUACUUUCUCUCCAGUCCAAUCCUAUGCGCCCACCAAACAGAAGCUGGAAGCCAUGUUGUCCCCCGCCACCACAGGAUCCAACGCAGAGAACCAACCUCCGCAAGCGAAGAAAAUGGAGACGAAGCCACUUUCUCCUGAAAUUGAAGUGAAGGUCAAGGCUUUUAGUCUCUAUGAAAUGAAUCUAGCUUCUUCGGGGUCCAGUGGAUUGGAAGCGAAUGCUGGCUCCUUUGCCUCUACCUGCAUAACGGUGAUAUCGCCCGGUAUUCCAUCGCCUGGGAUUUCAUCGCCUGGCACCCGCCGUCGCAAGAGCGAAUACGAAAAGAAAAUUGAAGAACAGAAACGUUGGUCGUGCCCCGAAACGUUGGCGCUUCCCGACAUCGCAGCUUCGGCCGCCGAAAAGCCCAAAGGAAAGCUGCGACCAAAAAGUAUCAACACAAGCAGGGAACAAGGAGUCGAAGACGACCAUGAUAGGACCCCCCAAAGGAAGGGAAGACCAAGUCCAAGUGAUUUCGACAAAGGGCACAAAAGCCCGAAAAGCCCGAUUGCUCGGGUCAGAAACGAGCAAGAGAAACAACGAAAGACAGAACAACUUAAUAAACUGCGAUAUGGCACUGCCAAUCCCAUCAACAACAAAACAGAUGAGGGCGUUGUUUCUCCAAGAAGACUAAAACUGGUAGGAAGCCAAGACGACACGAGCUGGAUAUCUGUCCCGCCACACCAAACAUCGCCCAAGCCAAAUCACGCAAUGGAGAACACUCCGCAGGUACAAACCAGUCGAACACCAAAUGACAAAACUCAUUCGACGGUCAAGAAGAAGGCCGCAGUAUUUCAGUCAUCGGCAACGAACGCCGCCAGCCAGCGGUUUUCGUUCGACCGCACUGGUGGCAGAAACAACACUAACAACAAAGACGACAAAACGAGCAAAAGCCCCAGCACCAGAAGCCGCAAAAGCCCCAUCCAUAGACCCCGCAAAAGCCCCAACAACAGAUCUGGAAAAAUUCGGAUGCCAGGCAUCAGCUCACCCAAGGCAGACUUCAAGCUGGACCCAUUUAAAAUAACACCUCCUUCGUUCUUGGGAGGAUCACGGUUGUUCAAUGCGACAGCGACAAAUGACUCGGAAACCUCAAAGCCUGGAAACAAACUAGCGUCCCCACGUGGAGUCUUGCAGAGCUCAUCACCCCAGAACUUUGGGAAGCCCUCUUCCCUAAAGAGAGCUUGCUAG